AUGACGAUAUCCUCGUUCGCGGGCGGGAGGCCACACGGACACACUCACGACGCGCGGGCGCUCGCACAAUCACGACGGCCGUGGCAACAGCCGUUUUUCGUCGCGCGCGAAAGAACGCACCACGACCACAGUCCGCGCGCCGGCCCGUCGGUUGUUCGCACGGAUAAAAAACGGUCGAGAGAUUGUCGGGAGCCUCGGUGGUCACAUCGGCCGGACGAGCGUUCGACGCGGUUUUCGGACGACAAGAAUAUCGGGACGACGAGAGAGAAGACGUUGGACCACUGUUGUACAACUGAUGGUGGACCACUGAAGCUGUUCCUGUUGCCGCCUGCCGCCGCCACCACCGCUUAG